UCUACACAGAUGGUAUAUUGUACACGUGCCAAUCUAUCGUUUCAUUCGUUCAUCAUUAAAUAUAAUCACUGAUGGUGAAACGCCUCUAGCAAUGAUGCAUCUUGAUGAUGGAGGACAUUUUGAAAACUUUGGGCUGUUACCGCUGUUAAAGUUACGACUACCGAAAAUCCUGGUUGUGGAUG